AUGCUGAGACAAUCACGUGACGAUUUGGACGGCACGGCAGUCCCACGAGCAGUGGCAGGAGUAGCAGAAUCGGACCGAGGUGUUCGUGUGGGAGAUAAAGAUGCUGGCUCUAGAUUUUCAGGCUUUCCUGGUCGUGCCGUGAUUCGCGCUGCUGAUUCAUCAUCAUUCCGCAGGUCCCAGCGGCCGUGGCGCGCAAGGCCACGUCACCAUCGGAACCGCGUUUCUCGGCAGUGCAUUCCCAACUCAAGAGAUAGCCCGCCGCGCAGAGACACGGGCAUAGCGAGCGAGGAGGAGUGGAACAUCAGCCUACAGAACGCGCCUCUUAACGAGUCGGGCCUUAACGAGGACGGCAGCUCGUGGUAUCGGGAGAGCGGGGAGGACGUGGGGGAGAACGGGUACCGGUGCCGGUGGAGCAUCAUGGGCGGGAGGAGUUCGGACGGAUCCGUGCAAUGGAAGGAAACGUGGUGGGAGAAGAGCGAUUGGACAGGAUACAAAGAGCUAGGCGCGGAGAAGAGUGGGCGGAACGCUGUGGGCGCGAGCUGGUGGGAGACGUGGCAGGAGGUGCUGAGGAGGGAUGAAUGGAGUGGCAUCGCUCGCAUAGAGCGCAGUGCACAUAAGCAGGCCAAGUCGCGAACUGAUGCCUGGACCGAGAAGUGGUGGGAGAAGUACAACGAGCGUGGGUGGACGGAAAAAGGCGCGUAUAAGUUUGGGCGGCACGAGGGGCAGUCGUGGUGGGAGAAGUGGGGCGAGCAAUACGACGGGCGAGGAGCAGUGCUUAAAUGGACGGACAAGUGGGCGGAGCAGGACGACGACGGCAGCAAGUGGGGCGACAAAUGGGAGGAGCGAUUCACCAAUGGGGUGGGCAGGAGACAAGGGGAAACGUGGCACCUGUCGCCCUCUUCCUCCCGCUGGUCGAGAACGUGGGGAGAGGAGCACUACGGUGACGGCAAGGUGCACAAGUAUGGGAGGAGCACGAGCGGGGAGGUGUGGGACGUGGUGGUUGAAGAGCCUACAUAUUACGAGUGA